AUGCCAUUCUGUAUGAAGAUACCACUGGCCAUUAUGUUAUGGAUAGUACCGUUACUGCUGAUCCCCAUGUGUUCUGCGAAUAGUAAAAACAGCAGCCACAAGGUGAGUUUGAUUUGUUAAAUUUCAGAGGAGCAGGACUUUAUUAGAUAUCAGUGAGUAAUCGAGAAAGUGAAUGGUCGAUGAUUGCCAGCAUGAUUUACCAGAAAAAAAGGAAUGAAAUUGGAUGGAAUCAAUGAAAGUAUGAGAAUAAUUUUUUUAUAUCUAGUCGUGUUUCAUGCCGCUUCACUUUAUACAUAUUAAUGGUAAAAUUCAAAAUCGAAAUGGAUAGUCCCCUUGUCGAAUAAUGCAAAUUAACAGGAAAUGAAUAGUUGAACACUAAUAAAAUGAUUAGUAGUUGAUUUGUUGCUCAACUGAACGAAUGAUGGACUUGAUAUAUGUCAGUGAAUGAGGGAAUCUAGCAGUGAGCGUCAUGUAGUGUCAGCGGCCUAAAGUAGACUCUUUCUCGCGAGUCUUGUUUUACUGUUCUUAGCUUCUACCGACUUUUAUUUAUUUACUUACUUAUUUAUUUAUUUAUUUACUAUUAGUUAAAAUUUAUUGUCAAUUAUUUAUUUACUUCUUUUUCAAAGGUUAUUCAAGGAGCAAACAUACCAAGUGCAUAAAUUCCAAGUCAAAGAGAAUGAAUGAUGCAAUGAUCCUUUAUUUUUUUCAAAUUUCUUCAACAGAAUUCACAACAUGGCUCUUGUGGUUACUCUCCGUGUUUCUGCGCACCGGGUAUACCAGGCAUCCCAGGAAGCCCGGGACCCGCGGGACCAGCUGGUACAACGGGAUCACCCGGGAAUAACGGACCCGAAGGAUCUAUGGGUCCACGAGGAGUCAAAGGCGAUGAAGGACCCCGUGGAAAACAGGGACUUCCAGGCCCCAAGGGAGAUACAGGGUCGAGGGGCCCAGCAGGCCCACUCGGAAGCAAGGGUGAUGCAGGUCCCCCUGGAAGUCAAGGACCCCCUGGUCCCAAGGGACCACAAGGACCCUCGGGUCACGCUGGAAAGAAAGGUGAUACAGGUCCUCCUGGAAGUCAAGGUCCCUCAGGUCCCAAGGGGGCUCCAGGGUCUUUUGCACGUAAUUGGAAACAGUGCGUUUUUAAGAAUCUGAACGAUGACAGGGACUCAGGAUUGGUCAAGGUAAAAGUUAAAGUUUGCCUCGGAAUAAAACGUUUAUCAGUACUUGGGUUUUAUUUAGAAAGGUUUUAUUUAGAUUUCCAUUUGUUGGUCUAGUUUGCAAAUUUGCUCGGACUAGAACCAGUAAGUAGCCCGUGUGGCUCAUUUCUUUAAUAAUUUAUUUCUUCUGCUUCCAACAUGAUGAAAAAUUUAAAAAAUAUAUAUUGUUUCGAGUAAAAUCAUGCAAAACAAAUGAUAUUUUAUAAAAGCACUGCUCAACAGUUUUAAUGUAAAUGGUAACACCAUGAUAGGAUUUUGUCCACAGACGCAAGUGUCCGUUUUCUGUACCCUGAUUGAAGCCUGUCAAGUUAGUUGAGUGGCACCCUUUUAUUGUUUAUUUUUUCCUGCUCAUUCUUCUUUGUGCCUUCCCCACUAUCUGCAGGCCGGGGCAGGCUGCUACCUACCAUGUACCACAGCAUGAAAAAGUACCAUACCGAUUAGGAAACUGUUGUGAAUAAAAGGAUUACUCCGCUUUUCAAAAACACGCGAAUUCUGAAGUUAAAAAGCCAACUGACACGUCGCGUUUUUCGCUGCCGUCAACCAUUUUAGCGGACCUCAACUGCUUCAAAAGGUCAUGGUUUGUGAUUGGUGGAUUUCGAUCAGUUUGGUGUGUUUCUGUGUUUCAAGGUUCGCUGCUAGUGAUCGUAAUCGAGAGUGGCAGCAGAGAAAAUCGCAAUUGUGAAGGUGUCUUUUAAACUUCAGAGCUCGCGUGUUUUUGAAAAGCGCAGUAAAAGAUGACCCUGAGAAUCUUGAAUUUGGUUGCUCUGUUUUUCAUUUCCAAUCUUUUCAACAAGAAUGUAUUUUCAAGAAGACGUCAGAUAACACAGGGCUGCGUGUCUACUGGAGUGGGCACCUCCGCAUCUAUAACUGCAACAGCUGUUGUAGGCGAUGGUAUUUCACCUUUAAUGGCGCAGAGUGUUCGGCCCCAGCAGCUAUUGAUGCGACAGUGUAUAUGAAUCUCGGAGCUGGUAGCAGAAUAAACAAUUUGUACCGCCCACGCCACGUCGAAGGAGUUUGCGAUAAAAUUCACAAAGGCACUGUGCGCGUGGGAUUCUGGGUCGGACACUGCUCAGGUUACGGUUCUGCUGAUGCGGCCACAGGCUGGAAAUCAGUGUCCCGGAUCUACGUCGAAGAAGUACCUCCCCCACAAGUUUAA